AUGAAGAAAAUUGGACGGAUAUGUCCGGCGAUGUCGACGCGGUCAAGCAUUAGAUUUAAGGACACUCAAAGCGUGCGUUUGAACAAGAUUCUUUUAACUGGACGUUGGAUAAAGGACACAGCACCAUCUUAUCCGGGUUACAGAAACUCGCAUAACUAG